AUGCACCCGAGCACGCUGAUGCUGCUGCUGCUGCUGCUGCUGCUGGUGGUGGAUCCCGUAUGCGGAGGUGCCAACGUUUCGAGGGUGGAUGGAAGAGGAUUCGGCGAGCAGUUCGAGUGGUUCAGCUUCGAGGGAGGGCUCAAGGAAGCAGAAGCGCGAGCGAAACCUGCCAUGAUCUUGAUCCACAAGAGCUGGUGCGGGGCCUGCAGGGCGCUGAAGCCUGUCGUGUCGGGAAGCACGAGCAUCGAGCAGCUCGCCAAAGAGUUUGUGAUGAUCAAUGUUGAGGAUCAGGAGGAGCCCACGGACGCGGCCUGGCACGUGGACGGCUCCUACAUCCCCCGCAUCUACUUCUACGACGGGGAGCACGGGGAACUGUUGACGGAGAUCGAGUGUGAGGGAGGGAACGCCAAGUACAAGUACUUCCACAGCUCCGAGGAGACGAUCGUCAAGAGCAUGCGGAAGGCGCUGGCAGUGGUGGGGAAGAGGAAAGAGCAGGAGGAGGCGAUGCUGACCAUCCUCAACGUCAAGGAGAACUCGGAAGGCCAAGCGAGCAAAGAGGAGCUCUAG